CAGGAGGAGGAGAGACAGAAUGAUAGAGUGAAUUAAUUCAACCUUAGGCAGCCCUGAUUGACUCGGUUCCAAACUGGCAUGUAGAAGCAUUCAUGGUGACACCAAAGCCAUGGAGAGAGAAAAGAGGAAUGACAUGUCCUUCUCUAGAAAGAGAAGUUUCACUUUUGGGGCAUAUGGCGGUGUGGACAGAUUCACCUGUGCGGAUGAGACAAGACCCGAGUCUGUGGAGGACAACAUUCUGGAGGCUCUGGACUCUCCAACCACUGCUGGCAACAAGCCUUUUCUUUCUACCAGCAACAACCAAAGGGACGCAGAACUAUUUGAAAUCAUUGCAAAGCUGCAGGGAAGCAGGAUCGAUGAGCAGCGAUGUGAAUUCCCACUUCCUCUGAAGUCUCAGCUUUUGGACAUUGGUGCAGAUUUGCCUCUGGUUCUUCCCUCCAAACUGGGGGGCUACUGGAUCGACCCGCCGCUGGAAAAGCUCAGAGAUGUGAGUCCCACCUCCUCCCACCAUGGCCUUGAUCCGGAGAGCUACGACAUCAUGGAGAGGGAUGGAGAGGCCAAAAUCUACCAUGAGUUUUUCCGCUCUCGAUAUCACCAUUCAUUCAUCGCCGUGGAUCCAUUACUGGGGCCUCUGGUUCUCUCUGUAUGCUUGGAGGAGGAGGAGAACAAACUACGGGUGAUUCUAAGGAUGAAAGAGUGCUCCCUGCAUGGCACUUUCUCUUUGUCCCUUUUUACCAACAUGCCGUCUGCUGUAGAGUUAGCAAAGAGGCUGUCUGACAAAGUGACGGUUUCCAAGUUUGACGUGGUCAGCUACCUCAAGGCUCCAGACCUAAUAACAGCAUUUGAUGAGCACAGAGUGUCUUCUAAUUUCAAGUUUGGUGUUUUGUAUCAAAGGGAAGGGCAGUUCACAGAAGAGGACAUACUGAGUAACAACAAGGAGAGUGAGAAGUUCAGGGAGUUCCUGUCAAUUCUGGGAGACACAGUUCAGCUGCAGGGAUUCAGGGGCUUCAGAGGAGGGCUGGAUGUGUGUCACGGCCAAACAGGAAACGAAGCCGUCUUCACUUCCUUUCAUGGCAGAGAAAUCAUGUUCCAUGUUUCAACCAAGCUGCCUUACACAGAGGCUGACCCUCAGCAGUUGCAGAGAAAAAGACACAUUGGUAAUGACAUUGUAGCGUUGGUGUACCAGGAGGGACAGACCCCCUUUUUGUGUGAUGUCAUCAAGUCUCACUUCCUGCACUGCUUUGUGGUGGUGCGGAGGGUUGAGAGGGAGGAGAAGGAGGGCGGAGUCGCCUACCAGGUGUCUGUUACAGCCAGAGAAGACGUUCCUCCUUUUGGUCCCGUCAUCCCAGAUCCUCCACUUUUUACAGAUCGUUCACAGCUGAGGGAAUUUCUUCUCACCAAGCUCAUCAAUGCAGAGAUCGCCUGCUAUAAGGCGGAACAGUUCAGCAGACUGGAGCUGCGGACGCGCUCGUCACUCCUGGAGAGCUUGCACAGUGAACUCUUCAGCCGUUCCCGCUGCAUGAUGGGAGAUCCGUCAGUCGCUGCCGCCCCACCUUCUGAGAGCACAAGAGGCCCAUCUGAAGGAAGUGGAGGUUUUAUUGAAAAUUUUAAGCGAGCCAUCAGAGUGCGAAGCCAUUCGUUUGAGACUCUGGGUGUUCCUAGGAAGAGCACUGGGAAUUCAUCACAAAAGCCAAAGGUGGACAAAGAUGCAGAGAGUGACAGCUCGGGAACGGCUGAACUCAAAGACCAAGCAAGUCCUCAAGAGGAGACAUAAAAGAAAACCUUUAAUUGGAGAUUCUAGAUCCAUAUAACAAUUUAGACACUAGCUUUUUACCUUUGUCAUACCUGUGAAUGACCUGUUUGUAAAGAGAAUUUAAAAGUAAAUAGAUUUUGUAGAAAGUAUAUUUAUUAUACAAUCAUAAAGACAUUUUAGAUUAAUGAGAACAUUUAAAAUGUAAAUUAUUGAGAACGCCACAAAAAAAGAUUACGAUUAUUUUAACAGCUGAUAUUUAGUUUGGCUUUGGUGAUUCAUUUAUACUGAUACAAUAGAGAGUUGUUAAUUAAAAACAUAGAGCUUUAGAGAUUGAUCUGAUAGUGCAAAUAAAACUGUCCAUUAAUUUGGAGACGUUGUCACUUUAGUUAUUUAUGAUGCCCAUAUUACACUACUUUAAAGAUUACAUUUAGUAUCAACACAUGAACAAAUGUAAAUCAGAAAUGACUCCUAAAGCAUGUUUUGAAUGAAGCAAAAACUUGUGAGUCUGGGAGUUUUUGUUUGGCAUGUAGAGCAGAAUAAAAGGUUUAGAGCUG